AUGAGGCUUUCAAAACGUAUAUUGAGCUGGAGGUCCGGCGCUUGGCAGCCAGUAUCUCCGAAAACAUUGGCCGAGAACAAGAUUUGGCAUGCUGUGACACAUGGUAAGGACGGUGAAGUUGAAGCGACUCUAAAGCAAUGGGCCUACUACCUAGUAGACGAAGGCGACAAGGCCUCACUAGUGAACACUUUCAGGAACCUCGAAGAGGAAGAUAUCGAAAAUGUUCAUCCUCGAACUCAGGAUAUGAUUAACGAUAUUAAAAUAGGGGCUGGGUAUUCUCUUCUAUCUAUCGCCAUUUACCGGAAUUUACUUGGAGACGUCAAGUUCCUAGUUCAGCAGCCUGCCAUCUCCUUAAAUACACCGAGCGGAAGUGAACGCCUUACACCGCUUCACAUAGCUAUCAUCAGAGAACAUUCCGAUUUAGUUUUCGAAAUUCUUCAUAAUCGCUCAACGGCACCGUCACAGCUAGUUAAUACCCGUGACUAUGACGGAAGAACAGCACUACACCACGCAGUAAUGAAGUAUGGCUGGGACGAAGAAGAGCCUACGAUGAACGAAAAUCAUAGAGUUGUCUUACAACUGCUUAAACAUGGAGCAAAUAUCGACGCACAGAAUCGUAGUUUCCACACGCCUCUUCAUCUGCUUAUCAUCCAUGGUCCUAAUCGAGAGGCGAUGUCAUUUGCUCAGCUCCUUCUCGAAAACGGGGCUGAAGUGAACACUAAAGAUGAGUACGGUGAUUCGCCCUUACAUAGUGCGUGUAGACGCGGGCACCGCGGGCUCAUCCGACUACUGAUCGAUUGGGGUGCAGAUAUGGAUUGUCGCAACUUGGACUGGACAACACCCCAAGAUCUAUUCUUGAGUAGGGAUGACGUAUCCAAAGAUGAUAGGAUCUUUGCUCUAGAUGUAUUUUCCAAGCUAAAGAAGCCAACCAUGACACGCGAGAGAGUUGGGAAUAUCCCGCGGGGUCCUACAGAGUGCCUUGAUGAGAUGAGAAACAUUUGUGCCGAAUUCCCUGUCUACUUCCGGUAUCAAUGGCCUGGGCUAAACCCUAAACCAGACGGAAACACCUCCAUGUCAUGGAUUCGAAGUGACAUGAAAGUUUCUCAUGUCCUUUAUCCAAACCGCGAAGAAGACGAGGAGACGCUCGAACCCGUAGAUGGCGGAGAGGGUUUCCUUGUCAACUGCGAGGAAAAAUUCAAAUCGAAAGCUUGGCUAUGCUGGAAAGAAGAGUAUGUGAAUGGCUUAGGUGAUACAUACAGAGCAACUGGGCAAGAAAAUGGAAAACGCGAAAUCAGGAGUGUGGAAACGCGGGACCAAGAACUUGAAGAUAAGAGGAAACAAGUCGAGGACGACGUGGGGAAAAAUUCUUGGAGAUGGAUCAACUUCCCAUCUAAUAAUAUGACAUGGAUCAAGGACUUCAUUAUACACAACGCUAGAUAUAAUGAGAGCAAACAGCUAGAUGGACGAACAUGGCGGUUUUUCGAAGAGAAUAUCCGCAUCCACGAGACAGACAGUUUAUACUCGCGUGCCAGCAACAGCCGGGAUAGGAACGAUAAGACACUUCAGAGGAAGAAAGAAGGCCUAAAGACAAAGGUAGCAGAUACUUCCCCGUCUAAUACAACUGCCACUGAGAAAGGGCAGGACGAAAAGGAGGCAGAGCCCAGUGCAGUUCAGUCAUGGAAAAACACAGAUGCAUUCAUGCCCGGCAAGAUGUUAUCUUUGGUGGUACCAUUUUUAGAUAUUGAGACAGAAGACCAAGCCCAGUCGGGCUUUGACGGCCUUGAAACACAAUGUCAAAGAGUCAAGAAACUUAACGAGGUGUACUCCCCCUUUACGGGUAUGCACGGUGUCCAGCACUCUCAAACACUGGACCAGAUAUACUACAACACCGAAAGCGAUGCCACAAAGUUGCAUACGGAGAAGGAACAAGUGAUAUACAGAUGGUCCGAGAGAAGAAAUACGGAAAGGAAACAGUUUCAAGAGCACCAAGAGCGCAGCAGUACUUCUGCUUCACCAAGAGAAUCAAGUAGUACUAACCAACCUACGCCGCAAAAGAAGUUGUCGCUCUUAUCUCAAAAACUAUGGCAGGGGUUACGAGGCCAACAAGAGCAGCCGCAACGACCACAGCAGCUCAACCAAGCGCGAACUAAAGGGCAAAGCAAUGCUUCUAUUUCACCGGGAGACUCAAGCGGUAGUGGCCAAUCUAUGCUUCGACGGAAGUUGUCGGGAUUAUCCCAUAAAUUAUGGCAGAAAUUAUGGGGUCAACAAGAGCAACAUCAGCAGUUGAAUACGUCAAAAGUGAUAGACACGCAACAACUAGAUACAGACCCCAUAACACCAAGGAGACACGGCGGUAGAAACGCUAAAAAUGCCAACGCCAAACGUAUCCGCGAGGAUCCUUCGCCGAAGUGGCUAAUGUCCCGGCAGCUGUGGCUAUGGAAACUUGAUGAUAAUACAAUUAUCACGGCGAUACCGUCUCGAGCAAACGGAAUGACGGCCGAUACCCUUCUCGAGACGAUACGCCAGGGUAACCUGGAUGUCCUCAUGACGCCGAAUGACCUCAUUAAGCGCAUACUAUAUGAGACAGUAUCGUUCCUUGACGAAUUCAGGUGGGCGGGACUUGGUAAUCAUAUCUUGGAUAUUUUCGAGGGCGAGAUUGCGACUGAGACGGACCGAGAAGCUGGGUUCUUUAAGAACUUUAGCAGCGGCAAUUGGAGUCCAAAUAACGUCAACGGGCUUAUACAAGAAGCUGCCCACUGCACCUAUCGUGUCAGGGACAUCCGAGACGAGCUUCAUCUGCUACGGCAAGUCUUCGAGACACAAGCCAAGGUAGUUACGGAUUUUGCGGCAAUAUUCUGGCCUAGUAGUAGUACCUCCGGAAAUCAAAAACAAGCAAAUCUCGCUUCGAGAGAUUUGCGGGAGAGCUUCGUUCGCGAUUGUGGUCUCCAGUCGCUCAUCCAACGUGUCAGACGAAUGGAAAGCGAUGCGUCAACCACACUUGAGGGGUUGAGUACCAUCAUUCAAGCAAUGCAGGCCCAGGCAUCUCUCAAGGAAGCCGAACAAUCACGGUUCUUGAAUCUCAUGAUUCUACCUUUCACAAUUAUAACAGUCAUAUUUACCCCGCUCUCUUUCCUCACGAGCCUCUUCGCAGUGAAUACUCUGGGUUUCCCGCACAACGACGAUGGUGAACUACGAUUGCCCGCCUCGUGGUUUUCUUGGAGAAUGAUCGUCGGCGAGGUUUCUUCUCUGCUUCCCCUGGGGCUGUUGGUCCUCUUGAUAUACUUUUGGUAUGGGAAUGAGAGUGAUAACGUUUCCUCGCCAAAUACGGCACGGAAACGUUCAAGCCUAGGCAGAGAAGUGAAUCAGGAACAGCGACGAUAUGCUGAUGUUUAACGUGGACACUAGGUACGGCGAUCGUAACUCGAAUCCACCCUUAAGGCCCUUAAGGUUUCCAAGUAAAUAGAAGCUGUGUAUUGGGUAGGUUAAGGGUUUAAUAUAUAAUCAAACUCGAAGUGCUGUGUAUCGUCGAAAAGAUAUUUAUUAGAGACAGCCAACGCCCCUAUAAGCUGUAGAUUCUCAUAUGG